GACGUCACAUGUAAACAGCAGAGGCUGUCAUGGCCUUUGUAGCGGAGCAGCCAUGAUACAACUUAAAAACCGGAUUAGAUACAGCGCUCCAGGUGUGGCGGUGGCCCGCCUCUUGUCCUCUGGGCCCUCCAGGAACCCGCUUGUGUUUUUGGACAUCGAAGCCGACAGCGAGCCUCUCGGACGGAUAGUCGUGGAGCUCAAUGCUGACGUAGUGCCCAAAACUGCAGAAAACUGCAGAGCUCUGUGCACAGGAGAGCAUGGCUUUGGCUACAAAGGGAGUGUGUUCCACAGGAUCGUACCUGAGUUCAUGUGUCAGGGGGGAGAUUUCACCCACAACAACGGUACAGGAGGGAAAUCCAUUUAUGGGAAAACGUUCAAGGACGAGAACUUCAAAUUGAAGCACACCGGUCCCGGAACCCUUUCGAUGGCUAACUCGGGGCCUAACACCAACGGCUCCCAGUUUUUCAUCUGCACGGCUAAGACAGAGUGGCUCGACGGUAAACAUGUGGUAUUCGGGCAGGUGAAGGAGGGCAUGGAGGUGGUCACCAAGAUGGAAUCCUUCGGUUUGCACGACGGGGGAGUGCUGAAGAAGAUAGUCAUUGUUGAUUGUGGGGAGUUAAAGGAUCACUUAUAGCCUCAGGAAUGCAAAACUGUAAAAAUGUAAAUAUUUUCCCUGUCUUCCAUCACAUAUUUAUGCAAUUUUCAAACAGACAAUAUGAUAAAAGAUCAACAGAUUUAUUAUAAAAUGAAGCAUGCAAGGUUUCAAUUAUUUGUUUUAUGAAUAAAGACAUAUAUUAAAGCUAAUCUUUAAUCCUUUUGGUAGGAUUUUAUUUUAUUGUUAAAUUAAAGGCAAUUUUUUAACUAUGCAAACCCUACACAUUUGCACAAAUAUUCAUUUAUAAUAAAAAAGUUUAAGUUUUCUACGGAUUGAUUUAAAAAAGUCUACUUUUUCACUUAAUAUUUCAUGCACUCUGCAGUUUUUAUGGGUUGUAGCAGAUCACAGUUUAGUAAUUUACAAUUAAAUUAGCAUAAAAGAGUGUUAUAAUGGAAAAGAAUGUCGCACAGCGCUCUUACAACACUCACUUUCAAAGAAAAACAUUUGGGAGUUGAUGUUUUUCAUUACAAAAUCUGUUUUUCCACAGUUAUGCAAGUGAUUUAUGCUUCAUAGACUAAUGCACCACCCAAGAACACUUUUUUUUCUUGGAAUUCCAUGCAACAUUUGUUAAAUAAAUGUUAUAUUCUGUUACAUGAGUGCAGUGCAGAUUUUUGUAUUUGUGACAUUUUUUUUUUACCACCUUAAAGACUGUUAAAGUUUGCAAUAAAUCACUGCAUUUAUAUCUUU